GAUGGCUUCCUAGUUUCACACGUUAUACCAACACAGGCGCUUGAUUCGCACUUGGCAACAACAUUGUACCUCGCGCGUCUCGACAGACAUUCGCUUUCAAUUGGUUUCAAAAUGAAGUCGGACGUGGAGGAGUUAAUGCCGAGGCUGCUGCCCGUUGAGUUUGGAGCCGCUGCAGAGGACCUGGACCUGAAUGGACCGCCGAGAAACCCCCGCGAGUACCUCCGACAAGUCCAGUUGGAGGCCUCACUGUGCCCAGAGGUGGUGGUUGCUCAGAUUGACCCCAAGAAGCUGAAGAAGAAACAAACCAUCAAUGCCUCUGUGGCGGGUUGCCAUGCUGCUCCGGAGGGGUUCUCCCCCAGCCUCAGUUGGCAGCAGCACCAAGUCAGCAACUUCUCACAUGUCAGACAGAGCAUCACAAAGAACAGGGAUCACUGGAGCAGCAACAUUCUGGACGACGACGUAAAGAUGCCAGAGCUAACGGAUGAGGAGGGCUGGAAGAGGUUUUGUUUAGGAGAGACGGUCUAUGCGGGCGCUUCAUCCAGCCAAACAGAAGCUGAACCAGAGCCGUUGCUGGAUUACAGCAAGGUGGGCUACCCUCCCUUCCUCACCAUCAUCAGCAGACUGAACCAGUCCACAGUGCUGAUGGUGUUGGAAGUUCUAAUCUGCUGGUUUGAGGAACACGAGUUUGUUCCACAGUUGGGUCGCUGGUUGUACGCGUUGUUGGCCUGCCUGGAGAAGCCUCUGCUGCCCGAAGCCCACUCCUCCAUCAGACAGCUGGCCAGGAGAUGUGCUCAGCUCCGCAGCACACUGGAGAGUCAGGAGGACGAGAAACUGCCUGCCCUCAACCUGCUCAUCUGUCUUGUUGCCAGAUACUUUGAGCAGAGUGACCUGGCAGACCAGCCGGAGUGAGCACAGACGUGUGGCAUCCUUCCAGAUGAGUGAAGCAACGUAUGAACAAUUGAAGAUGGAGACUCUUAAAACCAGCAGAGAGGACGCUCAAAGGAAGCAGCAGUGGAAACUACUACAGAGCUCUGCGGUGAAAGUUCAGGACGUCACCAAAAGAUCUGAAUCAUGAACUCACAACCGGGAUUAUUUCAAUUCAUUUGGGUCUCUGCUGAUGUAACAGGUCAACAACAGAAGCAGGAGAUUAUUUUUUUAUUCUCUGUAGUUACUUUUUUCUAUUAAACUGAUUUACUUGUUAUUUGUCAGAAAGCACCUUCAAUAUAGCUGCCAAGAUCAGCAACCAUGAAAUGCGGUUAUUACAAGGUGUGUUGUGGCUUUAUACUCAGUCACACAGCACAAACAAUCUUAGAGGUCAAAGGAGUGUUGGGGCUUUGAAAAGAGCCGGUCGCUGGUGGUAGAGCUGUGAAAAUAUACUAAAUAUAAAUCACACAUCGUGCUGGUUCUCCGGUUUCUCCAAACUGGGGCAUGCUGACUCAUCUACUGUAGGUUAUACACCAACUGGAUAAGUACCUCAGAAACCUACUUCAAAGUAUCCAUAAUUGUGGGGACUCUGCUUUUGUAUUUACAGCAUUUUAAAUGAAUUCUGUGUUUUGGACUGUUGAAGAGGUCAUCUCGGACUCUGGGAAAUUGUAAAGGGAAUUUCUGUAUUUUGACAUUCUACAGACCAAUUAAUGCAAAAAAAAUCAUCCGAUUUAGUAGAUACUCAAAACAGUUACAGCCCUGAAAUGACAAGAAUUACACCACACACGUCCACUAAUAUCUCACCUUUAAUUUGAAGCAGAUUUUUGGUACAAAAAAAUGGAAAACAUUUUCAAAAAUCAGCAUUUGCGCUAAAUCACACAUGUACCCACGUGAUGAAGGUACAAGGGCCCUGACAUUGAAUGAACAGCGUUGUCACGUCAACUUGAAAACACUAGUGUGCGUUAAUGGUUACUGCUACGAUAACCACCAUUAACCCAGCCUGUGGCAUGAUUAGGAUGGAAACCUGUUAACAUUCAACACAUCACGCCACAAAGACCUUUCUAGAACCCAGAUGACAGGACGAAGAUCAAUGACGGGACUAAAUCAUACCUGUUUAGUAAGGCGUCCAGUUUACAUUUCUUUUGCCAAGUAAAGGUAACAUUUUAACAUCCACCAUUUAAUUCCUUUUUGACAUCAACUCUUGAAUCCCUACACUGAGAAAAAAAAAAAAAAAAUCAUGUUAAAACCUCAAACAGCCAUCGUGACAUUUCGAGAGACAAUGCUAGUUUAAAAACUCUUUUCAUGCGUCAUUAAGCAAACCAUUGAUUUCCCCUCAGUGGUUUCCACCCGAUCAGCGUCUCUUGUCCUUCCUGUCUCUAUCUUUAUGCUCCCUAUCGCUCCGGGACGACCUGCCCCUCCCUUCGUCGCUCCUCUUCUUCUUCUCCU